GAAGCUCGUGGCAUUUGAAUUGUAGUAACAAGUUGUUGAGCCGAUCUAGCGAGCCAUAUUACAUUGGAUUGAUGUAAUCCAUCUCCUACAGCAAGUUUCUUCCCAGUUCACUCGUGAGUGACGCAGUCGAUUCCGGUGAAUUUGUAAAAAUUGGUCUGCAGAAUGAAAAAAUCGGUCGAGGGUUACGGUCUUGUGAACCUGCUUUGGAGUGAAUGGAUUAUCUUAAGGUUUCCGUAAAACUUUAUUCGGGUGAACGGUGAAUUUCUUUUUGUAACUCAGGGGUUAAAUUAGUAAUACCUGUUUCAAAAGGACCAAAUUCGAAAUUAUAAAAACUCAUCGGCCCUAAAACCCUAAAAAGAGAACUCAAAUCUCAGACAAAACAGAGCGCUGCUUCCUUGUCCUAAACCACCUCUCUCUCCAAAAAAAAAUGAGGCCUUUAGACGAGAACGAGACGACCGUCGUCUUCGAGAAGAUCUUCAAAUUCGUGGGCAACAACCUCAAGAACAUCGUCGAGAACCCCUCCCACGAAGGACCCGAAUCAGAUCCCGGCCGCUACUGCUUCCGCCUCCAGAAGAACAGAGUCUACUACGCGAGCGAGUCCCUCGUGAAGCGAGCCACGAACAUCUCCCGCAAAAGCCUGGUCUCCCUCGGGACCUGCAUCGGGAAGUACACCCACGCGGGGAGCUUCCACCUGACGAUCAUGUCGCUCAACCUCUUGGCGGCGAACGCGAAGCACAAGGUGUGGCUGAAACCCACCUCGGAGAUGUCGUUUCUCUACGGGAACCACGUGCUGAAAGGAGGGCUAGGGAGGAUUACUGAUAGCAUCGUCCCCGGAGAUGGAGUUGUCGUGUUCUCCAUGUCUGAUGUUCCGUUGGGGUUUGGUAUUGCGGCGAAGAGUACGCAGGACUGUCGGAAGUUGGAUCCGAAUGGUAUCGUUGUGCUUCAUCAGGCUGAUAUUGGAGAGUAUUUGAGGGAUGAAGACGAGCUUUGAAAAUGGUUGAAAGGUUUUGUCUUUUUGAGGAUCUUAGCUUUGGUUCUGCUUUGUUGUUUUAAUUUUCUUUUUUGAGGUUUUGAGAUAUGUAACUGUUACAAAAGUUGUGGUGGAUUUAUGAAAGUCUCGUUUUUUAUGAA